AUGAUGAUAAAGUUCUACCAGCAUUGUCUCGCAUUGGCAUUUGCUGUAAAUGAAAUCAACAAGAAUCCCAAAAUAUUGCCAAAUCUCACUCUUGGGUUCCACAUCUUGGACAGCUACUAUGAUGCAAGGAUGACCUAUCAUAGCACCAUGGACCUGUUCUUCAGAGCACAAAGAUUCGUCCUCAACUACAAAUGCAAGAGCCAGAAAAAAAUAAUCACAAUCAUUGGGGGACUCAGCUCUGAGGUAUCCUACCGUGUAGAAGAAAUUUUAAGUCUCUACAAAAUUCCACAGCUUCACCCAUUUCUUCAAGGCAUUUCAUUUAACAACUCGGCUGGAGAAAAAGUGUCUUUUAAUGAGAACAUGGAAGUGGAGUCUGGUUUUGAUAUAACGAACCUGGUCACAUUCCCAAACAAAUCUUUCCUUCGAGUGAAAGUUGGACAUUUAGAAACUGAUUGUUUGGAAUGCAACAAAUUAGUUAUUCGUGAAGAUCUAAUUGUGUGGCAAAGGAAUUUUAGCCAGGUGCCGCCUGUUUCUGUAUGUAAUGACUACUGUCCCCCUGGUUACCUGAUGAAAAAGAAGAAAGGGGAGAAAUUUUGCUGCUAUGACUGUGCUCCUUGCCCAAAAGGGAAAAUUUCAGACCAAAAGGGCAUGGAUGACUGUUUCAAAUGCCCAGAUGAUCAAUAUCCAAGCAAAAAUCAAGAUCAUUGUAUUCCCAAGAGGAUAACCUUUCUAUCUUAUGGAGAACCUCUAGGGAUUGGUUUAGCCUUGGUAGCAGGCUGUUUCUCCUUCAUCACAGCUUUUGUACUUGUAAUUUUUAUUAAACAUAAAGAUACACCAGUAGUCAAAGCCAACAACAGGGAUAUUACAUACCUUCUGCUCAUCUCCCUUCUCUUUUGCUUUCUCUGCUGUUUCCUGUUUCUAGGGCAACCAAGGAAGGUGACCUGCUUCCCCCGUCAAUCAUCGUUUGCCAUUAUCUUCUCAGUGGCUGUUUCUUGUGUCUUGGCCAAAACCAUCACUGUGGUUUUUGCUUUUAUGGCCACAAAACCAGGGUCCAGUAUGAGGAAGUGGGUGGGGAAAAGAAUGAGCAACUCCAUUAUCCUUUCCUGCUCACUUACUCAAGCAGGCAUUUGUACAGCAUGGCUAGGAAUCUUUCCCCCUUUCCCUCAGUUGGACACACGUUCAUUGAAGGAAGAGAUCAUAGCAGAAUGUAAUGAAGGGUCUGUGACCAUGUUUUAUAUUGUUCUGGGCUACAUAGGACUUUUAUCUCUUGUAAGCUUAACUGUGGCAUUCCUAGCCAGGAAGCUGCCAGACAGUUUUAAUGAAGCCAAGUUCAUCACCUUCAGCAUGUUGGUGUUUUGUAGUGUCUGGGUGUCCUUUAUUCCAACUUAUCUGAGCACCAAAGGAAAAUACCUGGUGGCCGUGGAGAUCUUCUCUAUCUUAGCCUCCAGCGCAGGGUUACUGGUCUGUAUCUUUUGCCCCAAAUGUUACAUCAUUCUUCUGAAGCCUGAGCUAAACAAGAAAGAGCAAUUAUUUAGGAGAAAGGAUUAA